CCCGGCCCCGCCCCGCGGCUCGGCCCGCGGCGGCGACUGAGGUGCAGGUGUCCCCCGCGGCUCCCCGCGCCCCGCCGGCGACAUGCAGGCCGCCGCGCUCCCUGAGGAGAUCCGCUGGCUCCUGCAAGAUUCUGAAGAGUUCCUGGCAGAAGGUUUGCGUAAUGAGAACCUCAGUGCUGGUGCAAGAGACCACAGAGACCAUAUUCUUCGAGGUUUUCAGCAAAUCAAAACUCGAUAUUAUUGGGAUUUUCAGCCUUCAGGGGGAGACCAAGUUGAACAUUACCCCGGACAGAACAGCUUAGAUGAUAAUCACAGUGGAACUCAGGGCCCUUCCCUCACAUCAGAUGCACCUUUUCUGACAGAAUAUCAGGAUGAGGGAAUGGAAGACAUGGCAAGAGGAGCUCAAGAGCUUGACAACAUCAUUAAGCAAGGAUACUUGGAGAAGAAAAGCAAAGAUCAUAGUUUCUUUGGAUCCGAAUGGCAGAAGCGAUGGUGUGUUGUCAGCAGAGGCAUCUUCUACUACUAUGCUAAUGAGAAAAGCAAACAGCCCAAAGGGACCUUUGUCAUGAAGGGCUACAGUGUACGGAUGGCCCCCCACCUGCGAAAAGACUCCAAGAAAGAAUCCUGCUUUGAGCUGACCUCACAGGAUAGGCGCAGCUACGAGUUUACAGCAACCAAUCCAGCUGAAGCCAGAGACUGGGUAGAUCAAAUAAGCUUCUUGUUAAAAGAUCUGAGCUCCUUAACCAUCCCAUAUGAAGAGGAAGAGGAGGAGGAAGAGAAUGAGGAGGGACAAGAGGAAGAGAUGUACGAUGAUAUCGAUGGCUUUGACUCCCCAGAUUCAGGUUCCCAGGGCCGACCUGUUGUCUUUGCUGAGAGUCUGGGACAAAAAGAGUCCAUGGAGGAAAAAGAAGAAGAUAUUUACGAAGUCUUGCCAGAUGAAGAGAAUGAUCUAGAAGAUGAGAGUGGAGCUCAACAGAGAGGAGUGGACUAUGCUGAUUACUACCAGGGCCUGUGGGAUUGCCAUGGUGACCAGCCAGACGAACUGUCCUUCCAGCGGGGUGACCUUAUCCGUAUUCUGAGCAAGGAGUAUAACAUGUAUGGCUGGUGGAUAGGAGAACUGAACAGCCUCGUUGGGAUUGUGCCGAAGGAGUAUCUCACCACCGCCUUUGAAGUUGAAGCCCCAUGAAGCCCAGAACAUAAAACCUCUCUCAUCUACCUUUGGAAAGACACACCCUCGCCCCUCACCACUUUCCCCCAAUUCCCCCCUCCCCCAAAGAAAAAAAAAACAGACUCUUCUUUUUACUGGAGAUCCAAGUCUCAUCUGACACCUCAGAGCAGCUGCAAGCCACACAACAGCAAUCAGGAAGAGACUCCACUGCACCCCUGUGUCUGCACCCACCUUGUCCUGGCUCAUCCUGCCCCUAACGCCACCACUCGUCCUCCUCUGCUUGCCACAGGCCUGUCCAGAGAAGACGGAAUGACGGAAGCCUGGGGGAGGGUGUGGCGGUUGUUUG